UUAAUCUUUUUUCUUCCUCACAAGCUAACUGGGAUUCAAAGCUGCAGAUUCUCAUAAACUAUAGACAUAUAUAUGUAUUCAUACAUGGUGGCUUACUAGUAGUGUUUGUAUUAUUUAUAUUGGAAGAAGGUUGUAUAUGAGGGCUUUGAGGCUUGAUAUUGGCAUUAUCUAGUGUGAAAUGUUGACUGUAAUGAUUUGUUUCUUGUAUAAAUGUUAUAAGGAAAAUUGAUGUUGCAACUGCUUUUGAGAAAAUCUAAAUUGGCAGAAAGUUUCAGUGACUUGCAAUGGAAAAGAAGGUGGAGAGUAGUAGCUGCAAUGUUGAGGACAGGUUUGGAAUCAGAAUUGAGAGAAAUCCUUCUCAGUCUCGCUUGUCAGAUCUUGGCAUCCAUUACUGGCCUAAGUGGGGCUGCCCCCCAGGCAGGUUUCCACUGACAUUUGAUGCAGAAGAGACCUGUUAUCUUGUGAAGGGGAAAGUGAAGGCUUAUCCAAAAGGGUGUUCAGACUACAUUGAGUUUGGUGCAGGCGAUUUGGUUGUCUUUCCAAAAGGAUUGAGCUGCACAUGGGACGUAUCUAUUGCUGUUGACAAACAUUAUAAAUUUGAUUGAUGUAACUUCUUUUACUGUAAUGUCAACACAUUCAAUUGGGUGCAACUGCAGAUCUGGUUUCUGAUAUAUAAGGCUUUUCUAGACCAAAGUUAGAAUUGGGUUUUUGAGGUUCCAAUUCUUGUAACUUUGUAUUUCAUCUGGGAUAAUAAAUUCUGAGACUGUUAGUUCACGAAGUGCGCGAUUUUUAAAGAAA